AUGUUCUCCUUCUUCUCCCGCUCUGCCGCACCGGCAGCGGCGCCGUCGUCGCGCGCCGGCGAGCACCAUCCUGGCCUGCGCAACACGGGCAACACGUGCUACCUCAACUCCGUGCUGCAGAGUCUUGCCUCGCUGCCGGGCCUCGAGCGCUUUCUGCUGCAGCUUGAGGCCGAUGCAGAAGCCGAGGAUGUGGGCACGGCCGUGCGCGACGGGCUGGCAGAGGUGCUCGGUGCACUCAACUCUCCGCUCGACCGCCGGACUGCACUGCUGCCGUCUCUCCUGACGCGUGCGCUGUCGAACCACUCCUCGGCCGUGCACUCGCUCGUCGGAGCGCACGCGCAGCAGGAUGCACACGAGCUCUUCGUCCUGCUCCUCGAUGCGCUCGAGUCGGACGCACGAGCAGUGGCCGCCGAGAGCGAGGCCCGCCGACAUGCACAGAGGGGUCUGCUUGCAUUGACGGCUGCGGAAGUCGGCAAAGGCGCGGAUUCGCGUGCCAGCCCGUCGCUUAUGGACGGCGUCCCUUCCGCGAACGCGCUGCCAUUCCGCGGACUCAUCGCCCAGCGGACAGCGUGUGCCACGUGCGGCUACGUCGAAGCCAUCAGGCACCAAGAGGUCGACGAGCUGUCGCUGUCCGUCUCCGAGUCACGCGCAGCCGCGGGCGUGGGAUACGGCGGCAUCUCGCUGGAGCAGUGCUUGCAGGUGUGGGGUGCGCUGGAGCGGAUAGAGUGGGGCUGCUGGCGCUGCUCGCUCGUGGCCGAGCACGAGCGCCUCAGGUCGGACGUAGCGCGUCUCGAAGGCGAGCUCGCCUCUGCGGCACCAAGCACGUCUGCCAGCGGCAAGAAGGCAACGAAAGCCACGCAGCGCAGACGACGCCUGCUCCGCGAGGAGUCCACUGCAUUGGCGCUCGUCACCGAUGCGCUGAAGAGCAAUGCGCACGAGGGCGACCUCUCGCUUCCACCGACGCUGAAGGUGCCGCGCGUCUACUCGCGCUGCGCCACGAAGCAGGUCCUACUGGCGCGACCGCCGCCUCUGCUGGCCAUCCAUCUCAAUCGCUCCGACUACUCUGCCUCGAGCUUCGGCGCGAGGAAAAGCAGCACGCCUGUCGGUUUCGGGGAGUGGCUUGACGUGGCGCCGUUCUCCACGCACGGCAAGCUUGACGUCGAUCCCUGUCGCCCGCUGGCACCGGCUCAGGCGACACGGCAAAAGGGCCUGCGGCACUGGUAUCGGCUGCAGUCCAUCGUGGUGCACUACGGCGCUCACGCCUUUGGGCACUACGUCGCCUACCGUCGGCUCCCGGCUGCAGCUUCUCAACCGCACGCGGCCGACAACUGGGCGCGGAUCUCUGAUGACUCCGUGCAACGGACAUCGCUGCGUGAGGUGCUUGCGCAGCAAGACAGCGUCGUUCUGCUCUUCUACGCGCGCGGAGAUACGCUGGGCGAUCUCGUGCACGAUACUUCGCAUGUCUCGGUCAGCAGCUCGACGGCGGGACGCAAGAGUGCUCCCGCAAGCAACGGGCAUUCUUUCGCCCACGCUAGCGGCGCCGCCGACGACACGCAGACCAGGGCACAGCGCAGCCCAUCCGAAGAGAGCGCCUACACGCCCAGGGUGGUGCACUCCUGGAACUCUGCGGCCUUUCUGCCGGCGGCCGGGCUGCAAGGGCUCAGCGGCGCCGACGUGCCGACGCCUGGCGAGGACGCGACGAUGCCGCGCGAUGCAGCCUCAUCAAGUCUCAAUGGCAGCGUCACGCCGGCCCCAGGCGAGAGGAGCCAGACGCGCGUGCGUAGCUCGAACGGAGCCAACGGCUGUCAGGCCGAUGCGAACGCCGCAGCGCACCAGCAGUCAGCAAACGAGCCGCCUCUCACGAGCAAUCUGGCGGGCGCCAAGAAAGUACUCGUCAACGGGGUCUCUCGCGCUGCGAAAGACGUGCAGGAGCAGAGCGUGGGCCCAGAUUGA